CGUUCGAGGGCUCGAAAUGAAAUUUGGCUGUGCAGGCCGGCGGAACCCUCAGCCGUUUGGGAGGGGGGAGCUGCUCACUAUGAGACUAUUGCUUUGGCCAUGUGGUUGCUGGGUCACUCGAUGGGCUCGAUCGUUGAUGGGUGGGCGGUGGGCCGGGCAAGAUGGCAAGAGGGCAAGCACGGGCUGGCUUGCUGGGCGCUGGCCAUCCACUCAGCGCUGAGAGCCACGGGGCUCGUGCGCCCAACCCGAAAAAAGGGAAGGGGGGCCAACGAACCCUUCCUGCUCUUUCCCUGCCCAGAGGCUGCUCGGCAACUGGCAACUGGCAACCGCAUCAUCACUGCUGGCUCUUGCCUCCCUUCCCUCCCCUUCCCUUCCUCACUCCUCUCUCUCUCCCCUCCAUCUCUCUUCCCUCCUCCCUCCUCCCUCCUUUCCCUCUUCCUCAUCUCCACCUCUUCUCUGGCUGGUUGCAGAGGCCGUCGCUGCUCCCACCGACCGAUUUUCAGGCGUCCCCCCUGCGCCUGCUCAGUCCCUCGCUGCGCUGAGAUUCUGGUCCGUGGCUUUUUGCACGCCUCCUCGGUCAUCCACUUUCCAACUCGUGGCCUCACUCAGCACAACCGCUCUGCAUCCUCCGUCAUCCCCCGUUGCUUUCCCCCUCUUGCUGCUGCUGGAUCCACGGUUGUGCUGGCCAUCCUUCGUCGCUUCAUCGUCCCCUUGAGCCGGUUCACACGGGUUACCUCUGCCUCUUCGGACCAUCAUCAACCGCCUCAUCGACACGACUCCCACCAUCCCACCCGUCGCAGUUUUUCGGCCACGUAGCCUCGUGUAUAUCCUUCCGGCACAUUCGGGUUUUGUUGCAAUUCUUUGCUCCCGAAAUCGCUUUCUUGCACGGCUCCUCAGCUUCGGACUCUUUUCGACCUGCGACAAGUGCGACAACCUUCACUGACACGUCGACAAUCUUUGACACCACGGACGAUCUAUUGACUUAGAAAUCGUCUUGCGUCGACAUCAGACGUCAAUUCACGCCGAGACCCCACGGUUUCUGAACUUUGCUGCUCGGCUCGCGCUACCAUCUUAGCACUGCCAUCGCCAACG